AUGGAGAGCGCGACAGCAUCCCCGAACCCGAGUCGUCGCGUCGUCGAUCUGGACGCGUCUCACCGCCCCAAGCGCAAAAGAGGCCUGGAGCACGAUGAUGAUGAUGAUGAAGGAAACGAAGAUGACGAGCCCGAGACGGAUGCUACGAUGAGCGACGCCGCCGAUAGCGGUGACGAACGUCCUCGCGCCAGACCCAAGAAGCGAUCAGGCGCAUCGCAAGGGAACCGCGUAAAGAAGCCCGCGACCAAGAAACCAAAGACAAACGGGGUUGCCCAUUCGGCAAGCCUGCCAUCUCGUCCGAAGAAAUCGGUGAGAAUUUCUGCCGCUAACAAGCAAGGGGAGGGCCUCUAUGCCGACGUCUUUGGCUCGGGGUUGCCCUCAGAUGAAGUUGCCGACAAGUGGCAGACUAGGUACCAGGCAAACGAUGCUCUUGCUGUCGUCGAGCUGGUCAAUCUCGUGCUGCAAUGCUCCGGCUGCGAUCUCGAAAUUACCGAAGACGACGUCCGUGACCCUGAUAACUGUCAGGCUCGCCUGACCGAGCUUCAGGAUCUCUUCCAAGAGGAGCAAGUAACGGAGUACCCUCUCAUCUCCAGGGCGAAAAAUACCAAGGCUUUUCGCGACCUCUUGACCGGAUUCUUCAGGGCCGUUGUGCGUAGCGUUCACGAGACUGAUAUCCUGUACAACGACGCGACAUUGAUGGAAAACCUUGUCCGUUGGAUAGCAUCCAUGUCGACUUCAUCACUUCGUCCGUUCCGGCACACAGCGACCACUGUUAUCCUUUCCCUUGUGCACGGCUUAAUCGACGUCGCAAACACCCUGGACUCUCGGAUUACUGCGAUCGAACAACAAAUCAACCAAGCCAAGAGGGGCAAGAACAAGGCGAAGCUGGCGGAAAUGCAGCGCACCCUUGACGAAGCCAACAACAACAGAGAGUUAUGCGGCCAUCAUAUCAAGGACUUUUUCGACACCACAUUUAUCCACAGAUACCGAGAUAUUGACCCGCGUAUCCGGACCGAGUGUGUCGAGGCCUUGGGGUCUUGGAUCAUUGGCCAACCGACAGUCUUCAUGCAACCCGAGUAUCUACGCUACCUCGGCUGGAUGCUGUCGGACGUAGUCUCUUCGACCCGACAAGAAGUCCUCAGACAGUUGGCACGCAUCUUCAGGAAGGAUAUCCAGCCGCUAGGCCACUUCAUCGACCGGUUCCGACCCCGCCUCAUUGAGAUUGCCACGAAGGACGCCGAGGUAUCUGUCCGCGUCGCGGCCAUCUCUGUUAUCAACGUCCUCCGGGAUGCUGGGAUGCUGGAGCCGGACGAGGUUGACUCGAUCGGCAAGCUCAUUUUCGACAGCGACUCCAGGAUUAGGAAAUCCGUUGUCAAUUUCUUUGUCUCCUGCGUCGAAGAUUCUAUCGAAAGCAAGAUGGAAGAGCUCGGCGGUCAGGAUGCCCUGGAUGAGCUCUUUGGCGAAAUCGAGGAGGAUGAUUACGACUCGCCUCGCAGCGCUUGGGUCAACAUCAAGUGCCUAGCCGAGAAUCUGGCGGCGUUCGAUGCGCAGGUCGAGGGCGAGCAGCAAGACAUCAACUCUCAAGGUCUCGCCGUUGCCGCUGAUGUCACGCAGGCGAGUGUUCCUGACACCCGCAUAUCGCUCGCUUCCCAGGUUCUUUUCGAAAAGGUACCCUACGUCAAACAGUGGGAGGUGCUGGCGGGAUAUCUGCUUUACGAUCAUACUGUCAGCUCCAGGUCCAGGUCCAAGUCACAUGGCGCCUCCACCGAGAUUGCUUUUAAGAAAGCUGUUGGGCCUGUGGGGUCAGAGGAGGCCAUUUUACUAGAAGUCCUGGCUUCGGCAGUCAAGAUGUCGAUGCUCCAAACUACCGAGAUUGAGAAAAACAAGAAGAAGAGUGGUCGCCCGGAAGUUACCGAGGCUCAAGAAGAGACAGCCUUGGAGCUGGCGACGGUGAUCCCGCAACUUCUCAACAAGUUCGGGGCUGAUCCUACCACCGCCACUAUUGUCCUGCGCAUGGAGCACUUCCUAGAUCUGGAGGUUUUCCAGACAUUACGGCAAGAUUCAACGAAGUAUGAGAAGUUAUUGGACGAGAUUAGCACGCAGUUCAACAGGCAUGACGAUAAGAGAGUUGUUUCUGAAGCUGCUGCUGCUCUCCUCCAUUCUCGUCAGUAUGACGAGCUCGAGGAGCUGACUGAUGGAAGGCUCGCAGUUCUGUGGGAGAACGUCAUCAACACAUUGCGCAGUUUCGACAAAACGUGCGAGCUUACCAUCCGCGGCAAUUUAGAAGAGGAGCAUUUGACGGCACUUUCCACCGUGCUCAUGAAGAUCAGUGAGCUUGCUCGCAUCUCUGAUUGCACCGAGGUCCUCGAAACCGAAGGUCGUGCGGCUGAUUCAAUGUCGUCCACGAUCGAUAUCCUGGUCAACAUUGUCCGUCGGGGCACUUUCAAUGAACCCAGCGAAGUUGAUGACUUGGAAGAUGAGGUCACGUCCUUUGCAAUCAAGGGCAUUCAGUUCUACUUCAUGUGGAAGGUGCGGAGCUUUCAGAAGUUCAUCCAAAGCGAAACCGAAAUCCCUGACUCCAUUGUGGACCGAAUCGCCGUCCUGCGCAAAAAGUACGACACGGGUCUGAUCAAGACUUUGUCGUCGCGAGCUGUAAUUGACGAAAUUCGCAUUUUCGCCACUGGUGCUCUUUGCGAUAUUCACGUCCUCUUCGGUUCCUUGCGUAACUGGACGGAAGAGUCUCGCGGAAACGCCAACUACAAGAAGCUCGCGAGGCUUGCACAUGAGCUCGAGCCCAAGCUCUUGCCUGAGCUCAUCUCCAUUUACGACGGUGUUGAGCGGAGCUUUGCCAAGCGGACAAAGAAGGUUCUCAACGAGCCGGCCGAAGACGAAGAGCCCAUGGAUGAUGAUGACUCCGACGACGAGGAGGAUGAAGACGAGGGUCUUACUCAAGAGGAGAAGCUCGCCAUUGAACUCAAGUCUGAGAAGGCCCUCUGUGAGUUGGCUGCCAAGUUCGUGCUCGCCAUCGUCCAAAAGGUAUUGGACCAAACAGGGCCUCACGCCGGGACGCUUCGCAAGCGUCUCCUCCGAAAUCAGGGCAGGCUCGGCAAGAACUUUGCUGAAGUGGUUGCUUACCUCGACCCGUCCAAGGUCCGGGAGCACCUACGACGAUGA